AUGAGUGAAGAGAUUGUAUCACAACUUAAUUCUUUAUUUGUUAAAGAUGAAAUAAAUGAUGUUGAAUACGCUUCGUUGAUUGAUAAUCUUAUUCAAUAUAAUGACCCAAGAACAAAAGAAUAUCAAAUUUUUAUUAAAAGUAAUUUUUUGAAAUUAAUUAAACCAUAUGACAUUGAUGAAUUUAUUUCAAAUUCAGAUUAUAUUACUUCUGCAACAAAGGGAGCUUCAUUGUUAUUAGAUAAUCAAGAAAAUGACUCUUCAAAAUUUAGUACUAUUCCAUUAAAACGAGAAAUAUUAGUUUCUGAUGAGAUUCCUGUUAUUAAAAAGAAACAAAUUACCAUUGAUGAUUCUGUUCCAAACCCACCUCAACCGAAAAGAAUUCAAACUAAAAAUGAGACAGGAUUUCAAACGGCAGCAGAAAGGUUAUAUCAGGAUGAAAUUAGAAAAGGAAAUAACCCACAAAAACCGAAGAAAAAAUUUCAACCACCUUAUAAAAAAGAUAAUAUUCAAGAAAAUAAGGAAAAACAAACUAAGAUUAAUAAACAAAAGAAAGGAGAUGAAACAGAAGAUUGGAUAGAAGAUGUAAAUGGAGUACCAUUAGAUGAUCCACGAUUAAUUAAUAAUGAUCCUUCAUUAUUAACAAAGAUAGUUCAUGAGAUUUUAGAUAAAUCUCCAAAAGUUACAUGGGACGAAAUAGCAGGAUUAAAAAAUGCCAAAAAAAUUGUGCAAGAAGCAGUUAUUUGGCCAAUGUUACGACCUGAUAUUUUUACAGGACUAAGAGCACCACCAAAAGGAUUAUUAUUAUUUGGACCACCAGGGACUGGAAAAACAAUGAUUGGUAAAGCAAUUGCAAGUCAAAGCAAUGCUACUUUUUUUAAUAUAUCAGCGUCUGCAUUAACAAGUAAAUGGAUUGGAGAAGGAGAAAAAUUAGUACGGGCACUCUUUGCUGUUGCAUCAUGUUAUGAAAGAAGUGUUAUUUUUAUUGAUGAAAUAGAUUCGUUGUUAAGUGCUCGAAGUGAAAGUGAACAUGAAUCAAGUAGAAGAUUAAAAACAGAAUUUUUAGUUAGAUUAGAUGGGGCAGGAACAGAUGAUGAAAGAAUUUUAGUUGUUGGAGCAACAAAUAGACCACAAGAAAUAGACGAAGCAGCAAGAAGAAGGUUAGUAAAGCGAUUGUAUAUUCCAUUACCAGACAUUGAAGCACGAAUGACAUUAGUUAAGACAUUAUUAAAUAAAGUAAAAAAUGAAGUAAGUGAAGAAGACAUUAAAAUUAUUGGAGAGAAAACUAAUGGUUAUUCUGGAAGUGAUAUGAAAGAACUUGUUAAAGAUGCUGCAUAUGGACCAAUUCGAGAACUUAAUUCAUUACAAAUGAAUAUUAUUGAUGUAGAUACUUCUCAAGUUCGACCGGUUCAAUUAAAAGAUUUUAUUGAUUCAUUGAAAACAAUAAGACCAUCAGUUUCACAAGAUGAUUUAGUGGAAUAUAUAGAUUGGAAUAAUAAAUAUGGAAGUGUAAGUUCUUAA